AUGGCUCCCUCAAUUUACCCUGACUAUCCACCUGAUCUCUCCGAGGAGCAGAGGCAAUUUCUGGUAACCUCAGUCAACGAUUGGUCAAUUGCACAUGGGCUUGCUGUGCGGCCGGCUCCAUCUUUCUUGAAUCAGAAUCUAGGUAUCUCGGGGCAUGAUGUAACGGAAAAUGCAUCACAAGUUCUCGCAAUCGCUGCACCACUCACCAUCUUCCCAAGCCUCUUUCCCCGGGCAUGCUUCGAGGAAGCUCUUGCCAUUCAGAAAGCUUACAAUGAGCUGUACGCAGCCAUUGCCCAGGAUGAAGAAUGGCUGGAAGGGAUCGUCGAGGAGCUUAUUGGCAUCGAUGACUUUGUAGGGAAGCUCUGGGAGACCCAUCUUGCCGUCAAGAAAGAGGGUUAUGUACAGGAGCACUCCCUUGGAUUGUUUCGCUCAGAUUAUAUGGUACACGUGGACCCCCAAGAGUCAGGCGCGAAGCCGGAGAUUAAGCAAGUCGAGUUCAACACGAUUGCGUCGUCCUUCGGAGGCCUAUCGUCCCAAGUCUCAUCAUUGCACAGCUACCUUGCCUCGGUGGACGCUUACCCCUCCGCGGCAGCAUCACUGCAGCCUGAGUCCAAUAAAGAUGGAAUCGUUACACAGUCUCCUUUGCCGGCAAGUAAGUCGGUACCUUCCCUGAGUUCUGGGCUGGCUGCCGCACAUCAAGCGUACGGACCAUCAAAAAGCUUGCGGCCAACCUGCAUUCUCUUCGUUGUGCAAGAUCCGGAACGGAACGUCUUUGAUCAGAGACAUCUAGAAUACUCCUUGAUUCAGAAGACCGGCAUCAGAUCCUUCCGCUUGCCCUUCCAGCGUAUCCUUACGGACACCAAGUUGGAUUCUGACCGCAAUCUUCUCUACCAUCCACCCCAUUCGCCCUCCAAAUCUUACGAGGUCUCCGCGAUCUACUUUCGAGCCGGCUAUUCACCAGAUGACUAUCCCAGAGCUGAAGACUGGCAAGCGAGGCUCCACCUUGAGCGGAGCAGAGCCAUCAAAUGCCCAAGCAUUCUUACCCACCUAGCCGGCUGCAAGAAGGUACAGCAAAUUCUCGCAACACCCCACUCACCUCACUUGUCGCGCUUUCUACCGGACGAAGCGAUGGCUGCACGAGUACUGAAGACAUUCGCGCCAAUCUACCCCCUUGACCAGAGCGAUGCCGGGCAGGAAGCGCGCAAGCUAGCCACGGACCCAUCCACCGCCGCUAGAUACGUACUAAAGCCACAGCGUGAAGGCGGCGGAAACAACGUUUACCGCAAAGCGAUACCGGACUUUCUCAAGAAGCUACCGGAGUCCCAUUGGCCUGCGCAUAUACUCAUGGAGAUGAUUGAGCCUCCUGCCCAGAGGAACAUCAUCCUCAGGAAUGGCGAGAUUCAGAGCGGCGGCGUCAUCUGCGAGCUAGGGGUCUAUGGCACGUGCCUGUGGAAGAACGGUGGCGUUGCCGGGAAGGGUGAGAUCCUCCACAACGAGGAGGCGGGCUAUCUACUGCGGACGAAGGGUGAUCAGAGUGAAGAGGGUGGUGUCGCAGCUGGGUUUGGCGCGGUGGAUAGCUGCUGUCUAGUUGACGUGUGA